AUGAAUAAUCUGAUGACAAGUUCAUUGCUCGAGCUCCAGAAGCAGGCCAUUAAAGAGCUAGAAGCGGCUCUUGGGGAGGAAGAUGUGCUCGAAGUAGAAACUAGGAACCCGGAGGAGAAUCUCCGUUCAUUUCUGGAAGAGGCCUGGCUGGUGAAGGAAGAAAUGGCCAAAAUUCGUGAACUUCUGGCCCUUCUCGAGGCCGUCAAUGACGAGAGUAGGUUGGCCGACAAACAAGAUGUGAGCCGCCCCAUGCACGACCGUAUCAACAGCCAAAUAUCGGAGGCUGUCAAUGCGGCCCGACGCAUCCGCGAGCGCCUCCAAGACAUGGAUGCCAACGGCCGCGUUUCUGGCUGCCGCGAGGUUACAACAGUCGAUCGGGCUCGUAGUUCGGUGACAAAUGGACUCCGCAAGAAGCUCAAAGAGUUAAUGAUGAAUUUCGAGGGAUUGAGGCAGAGGAUGGUCGCACACUAUAGGAAAGAGGUGGGGCGCGGUUACUCUACUCUAAGGCAGGUGCCAUCGCAAGAUGUGGUGGAUUCCGAUGGAAACAGCCAGAUGCAAACCUUGAGUGAGAUCCAGCAAAGGCAAGAUGCGGCUAAGGAAGUGGAAAAAAGUUUUCUUGAACUCCACCAGGUAUUCUUGGACAUGUCAUUGCUAGUUGACGUGCAGGGUGAGAUGAUGGACAAUAUUGAGUACAAUGUCUCAAGGGCCGCUGACUACAUCAAGGGCGGGACCGAGGAGCUCAACUCUGCAAAGAUUUACCAGAGAAACUGCAAAUGGUUCUGA